AUGUCUUUUCCCGACCGAUAUGUAGUUUCUGCUCCCGGGAAAGCGAUUCUAUUUGGAGAACAUGCUGUUGUCUACGGGAAGACGGCGAUCGCUGGAAGUCUAGAGGAUCUACGAACAUAUAUGUUGUUUGAAAAACGUCUGGACGGUUAUCUCGAGUUGAACUUUCCCGAUCUCGAUCUUCAGUAUGCUUUAUUAUGGCCAGAGUCGGCCCUGCCACACCACCUCGUAGAAAUUGAUGGAAAAGAACAAAAAGACAUGGUGCUCAAUGAAAAACUGCUGCAAGCUUUAAAACCCAUUGUUAACGAAGGCGGCGAGAAGAAUAACAUACCAUUAAAUGGACUUCAACAAGUUGCCUCCUUGGCUUUCCUAUACCUUUAUACAAAUAUUAGUAGCAAACAGACAUCCUGGUGUGGCAUGACCGUACAUAUUCGUUCGAAUUUACCCGUUGGUGCCGGAUUGGGUUCAUCCGCUUCAUAUUCAGUUUGUUCGGCUGCCGGAUUAUUACUCGCUCUUGGUCAUAUCUCUCUUCCUCACACGGUCGAAACGAGUAAUAACGAUCUGAAUUCAAACGUUGCAUCGGCAGAAUUAAUCAAUCGAUGGGCGUUUCAAGUGGAAAAGAUAAUCCACGGGAAUCCCUCGGGGAUUGAUAAUUCGGUGGCGACAUUCGGUAAUAAUGAUUACUUGUUUUUGUCAAAAUUGUGUACCUCGGAUAAACUAUUUAUGGGAUUUUAUGUUUUUAUAAAAGGAGGAGCAGUUUCUUACAAGAGGGGAUCACAACAUAUCAACUUGGCGGGAUUUCACUCUUUCCGUUUCUUACUAAUCAAUACCAACAAACCACGCGAUGCCAAAACACAGAUAGAAAAUGUCAGGAUAAAACGUGAUAAAUAUCCUGAUAUUGUCAAUCCUAUUUUGGACGCUAUUGAUGCGAUUAGCAUGUCAUUAAUAAAACUUCUGGAAAGUGGAGCUUCUCAACAGAAAAUGCUUAAGGAGUUGGAGGAUCUUAUUGAUUUGAAUCAUUACCUUAUAAAUUCCUUGGGUGUGGGUCAUCCGUCACUUGAAAAAGUUCAUGAAAUAACCACACGAUUUAAUUUGCAUUCAAAACUUACUGGAGCUGGUGGCGGAGGAUGCGCGUUAGUUUUAAUUCCAAAUGAUUUUCCUGACGAAGAUAUGAAAUCAAUAAAAGAGGUAUUUUCACAGAAUGGAUUUGAUUAUUAUGAAACACGUUUCGGAGGACACGGAUUGGCAGCAAUGGAUGCAACAACCAUUUUCACUUGUUCAGAGGAAUUUUUAAAAAUCGAGAAAAAGAAUUUUCGACAAAUG